CUCUUCCAGCUCUUCAUAUCCAUCUACUUAUCCCAUCUCUCAAAGCUCCAUUUUUAGAGUGUUUUAUACUGAAAAAAUUCUUGAUCUUAUCAAACUUUAAUUUUCUCCUCAAUAUAGAAAUGGCAGCUAAACGGUUUUUUGAUGACUCCGAUACCGACCCGAACCAACCAAAUUACAAACGCAUGAGAACUACACCUUCUUUUGCUUCUGUCAUUAAAGAAGUGGUGAUGGUGAAAUUCUUAGACAACGUUUCUUCCGCCUUGGAACCUAUGCUCCGUCGAGUGGUUCAUGAAGAGGUGGAAAGUGGACUAAGACGUUACUCAUGUCGUACCAUAACGAGAUCUCCUUCACUAAGAAUCAAAGCUUUAGAACCAUCAAAUCUUCGCCUCACUUUCAACAAAAAACUGUCUGUACCAAUUUUCACCGGCAGCAAAAUUGUCGCCGGCGACGGUCAUAAUCUCCAAAUUCUUCUGGUGGAUACAAGCGGCGAAGGCUUGGUUCCGACGGCUCUACCUUAUCCUAUCAAAGUAGAAAUCGUCGUACUCGACGGAGAUUUCCUUUCAAAACAAAAUGAUCAAACCAGCUGGACACAUGAAGAAUUUAACAAAAGCAUCGUUAAGGAGAGAACCGGAAAGAGGCCAUUGCUUGCAGGUGAACUCAAUUUCACCAUGCGUGACGGCGUCGUUUCUGUCGGAGAAAUUGAAUUUACUGAUAAUUCGAGCUGGAUUAGGAGUGGAAAAUUUAGGCUUGGUGCAAAAUUGGUUCAAAUUGGAACAAGUCAAACUACUGUUCAGAUUACUGAAGCCAUUACUGAAUCUUUUAGGGUUAAAGAUCACCGCGGAGAAUUGUACAAGAAACAUUACCCACCAGCACUAGGAGAUGAAGUGUGGCGGCUUGAGAAGAUUGGAAAAGAUGGAACUUUUCACAAGAAGCUGUCUUCAAAUGGAAUCAACACUGUACAAGAUUUCUUGAAAUUGGCCACCAUUGACACACCAAAGCUUAGAACUAUACUAGGAAGUGGAAUGUCUGACAAAAUUUGGGAUGCGACAUAUAAACAUGCAAAUACUUGUGAGAAGGGAUCUAAGUUAUACAUGGCCACUGGAGCAAAUUACACUCUCUUUCUUAGUCCAAUAUGUCAAGUUGUUAGGGCAAUCGUUGACGGGCAGAUUUGCGAAAAUCGUGACUUAACUGGAAUUCAAAGGGCCUAUAUUCAGAAUUUGGUGAAGGAUGCUUAUGCCAAUUGGAGUUCCUUAGAAGAAGUUGAUGCUCGGGUGAAUGAGCCAGCACUGCUAACUCAAGGAGAAACAGUGGUGGAUCAAUAUCCGAAUGUUCUUUAUCAGCAGCCGUCAAUGCCGCGAUCCUAUCAACUGAACGCAAUUUUGACAGAAGCAUCGGAACAAUUAGUUGAAUACAACAAUGAUUUGAUUGUUAGUUCUAGCUACAUUUACCCCCCCUGCUGAUAAUGGAGAACCGAAUUAAACUGUUUUUAUUUUAUAAUAUCAGUACAGAAGUUAAAUUCUUCUCAGAGGAAACGCUGAAGGAAUGAUAUUUAUGCAUAUUCACGUUCAUGUACAUAGUGUGUAGGAACAACAAAAUGUUGUAGAGGUCGCGCCAACCCCUUUGUAAAAGAUGUGUGGUUUGGCAAUAGUAGAAGUCUGUUUUUUUCCUUUCUUUUUUUGUUUUAACUUCAAAUCUGGAAGUUUUAUUGUAGCGGUUGUUGAUCAAUUUACGUAAAUGAACAAAUGCAAUUAUUUAUUUGAUUA